AUGGCGGGCGGCGAGGGGGAGCGCGUAGCGGCGUUGGAGGCGAAGCUGAGAGAGCAGGGCGACGCCAUGGCUGCCAUGCAGCGCGACAUGGCCCUCCUCAAGGGCAUGGCGGAGGGGGCAGGAAAAGGGAGUGCGUCAGGAAAGGCAGCAGAGGGCAUUGGCGCGCAGCAGCUGAAAGGCGCGCGGGGAAGAAUUCUCACACCGUUGGAAAUGGAGGAGGUGAAGGCGCAGGCAGAAGCGGCAAGAAAGGAAGCGAGUGAGAUGCGCGGGGAGGUGGGCGCGCUGAAGGCGGAGCUUGCGCGGAUGAGGGCUGCGGCGGAGCGGCAGGCGGCGGAGGUGGCGUACGUGAAGGCGACGGCGGCGCACUCGGAGGCGCGCAUCAACGACGUCGAGCUGGCGCUCGCCGCCAUCAAGGACGGCCGCCGCGCGGAGAAGAUGUGCGAGGAUCGCGAGGAGGACAGCGCGGGGAAGAGGCGGAAGAGGGAGGAUGCGGGAAAGGAGGAGAUGGCAGAUGCUCCUGCGGGGGCUGGGCGCGUGCUUGCCGCUGCUGGCGAUGUGCCUGAAGCCGAGCGGGAUAAGGCGGAAAGGGAGGAGGGCGAAGCGGAGGAGGAGGAGAAUGGUGCAGAGAACGAACAACCAGAGGAUGAGGUGCAGGCACUGAGGGCGCGAGUGGAAGCGCUGGAGGACACGAACAACGGGGGAAGCAAGAUCUGGGAGGAACUUAUUGCAACCUGGGUCGAGGUUCUUCCAGGGAAGACUCGCACGGACCUCAGUGGCGCCUCUCUCCUCUCUGACGCUGCUCUCUCUCGACUUACCUCCUUGCACUCUCUCACGUGGCUCAUCCUUCGAGAAUCCAUUGGCUUCACUGCAGAGGGGGUGACCCAGCUCUACUCCCUCACAGGUCUCACCUACUUGGAUUUGUCGGCUACAGUCAUAACCGAUGCCUCUCUUGAAGGCAUCGGCAGCCUGAAGGCUCUUACCACACUUUGUCUUGGUAGGAGUAAUAUAACCGAUGAGGGCAUCAAGAGGCUCCUAGGGCUGCCACAGCUCAUGUAUCUGGAUCUUUAUGUGUGCCCGUCUAUCACCUCCGCCAGCAUGGUGGAUGUGUGCAAACUGACAGCACUCACAUCCCUCAGACUGGACGAGAGUGGGGUGACAGAGGAUGGACUGAAGCACUUGACUGCGCUCACCUCACUGAAGCUCCUCACUCUGCCUCGAGGGGUGGCUCAACGGGCAGGCGAGAUGUACAGUUGUGCGCAUUUGUUUGGGUGA